GGGGAGGGGGUUUAAUAGACUGUUGUUCUGUCGUGUGCAUUCACACUUUAAAUUGGAAAAUAAUUUAUAGAAAAUAAUAUGUUUUUCUCGUAACGUCUCAACGGAGAUAUAACCCAAAUUUUAAUCAAGUAUCUUAGUUGAGAAAUCAAUAUUUCUGCGAAAAUAUUCGUUUUUCAACUGAGAUACAUUUCAUAAAAUAUGGGCUUCACGAAUUUCUUAACUGAGAUACAAUUUUGACACGUGAAUUGAAACGUACUAUUGUGCAAGAAUGCGGUAUCCACUAUGGUCUAUUACCUAAUUUCAUUCCAUGUACUACUGAAUAAUACACCUUAGUAUACCGCACUCUUGCACAAUAGCAUGUUUCAACGCAUGUGUCAAAAUUGUAUCUCAAUUAAGAAAUUCGUGAGACCUAUAUUUUAUAAAAUGUAUCUCAGUUGAAAAACGAAUAUUUUCGCAGAAAUAUUGAUUUCUCAACUGAGAUACUUGAUUAAAAUAUGGAUUGUAUCUCCACUGAGAAUAUAAUUUUUAUCUCACUUGAGUCGAAACCGUUUUUCUAAGAAUGUCUAUAUGCUGUCAUUUAGGAUUUUUCAAUUUUUAGAAAAUCUAGAACUGUGUGCAUUUUCUAUAAAAUCCACGCUAAUUUCUUAGAAAAAUCGAUUUCGAUCUUUCAGGAAUUUAUCGACGAAAGUAUAUACACAUUCUUGUAAAAUCGAAAACUGAAAUUAAUUUCCGUAAACUAUAAAAUCGAUUUCAGAAAUCAAAGGCCAUUUUCUGAUUUUUUUUAUGUAUAUUCGUCUUGCUUAUCUCGUUACAUUUGAUAAUCUAUUGUUGGCUGCUUUAGUGAUAAAUGGAACAAAAUCAGAAAAUAAACAAGGACAAUGGUGGAAUUUUGUAGAAGAAUUUUCUGAUGAGAAUGAUAUGAAAUCAUUUAUAAAACAAAAUAAUGUUUCAAUAAAACGAACCGAAACAAUAGCUCUUGGAAAAAAAGUGAUAUAUCGAUGUAUCCGAGCUAGAAAAUAUUCUGAAUGCGAUUUUCAAAUUCGUGUGAUCUAUGAUUACAAUGAUGAAAAAAUUGCUGUUUCAACAUCUAGCGAACAUAAUCAUGAUAAUCGUGCUAGUACAACUUGCGCUGCAUCACCUAUUAGAGAUAUUGUCAAAAAAUCAGUAGCAGUUGGAUUAACUCAAUCUCAGACACGUCGUGCUGUACAAAAUGAAUACACUAGUGAUGUUCCAAGUUUGUUAAACUAUCAUCGUUCAGUAUCAAUACCAAAUGUUCGUUCGACUGAUGAUUUUCGUGUAUAA